UUGUAUAAAGCUGUGUGGACGGAUACGCCGGAAUCCUGUCAAAAUCUGUCGUCAGUGGCUGCCAAACUCGAUUAUUCAGGUCGCCUCGUUUACCUCAGAUUGAUACGCGUAAGAUGUCGAACGAAACGGCGCAUGACGAAGCGUACAUUUUGGGGAGGAGCUUUUCGGCCAAUGCUCGGCUCAACCUGCAAUAUUUCCUUUGGAAAGACGGCGGAUUUAGUCUCCAUCCUAACAUUCCAGCGGACCGCGAAGGGAUGCAGGUCGCGGAGAUAGGAGUGGGCACCGGGAUCUGGCUCGUGGACCUGGCGCGAUAUCUCCCGGCUUCGGCAAGGAUCGACGGCUUCGAUAUCGACUUGACGCAGUGUCCACCCAAGGAAUGGUUACCACCCAACGUGUCGGUUCACAAUCUCGACUGCUUGGCACCGCUGCCAGACCGCCUCGUUGGGAGGUAUGACAUUGUUCACAUCCAACUGUUUCAUCUAGCUGUCCACAGCAACGAUCCCGCUCCGAUCAUCAAAAACCUUGUCAAGCUGUUGAAGCCCGGCGGGUGGAUCUCCUGGGGGGAGAUUGAUUACAGCAGGUGGAAGAUAGUUCGAACCAAGGAGGGAAAAAACAUCACCGACAACCUAACCCCAUUGCUCGAGAUGAUAGGUACAUUGGGUGGGACGAAGCCAAACUGGACAACUGAUGAUUGGCCAGUCAGACUCCCUGAAUUCUUCGAGCAGAAUGGCUUAGUGAACAUUACCACCGAUAAUCGUCCGUUUCCUUUGGAGCUCUUGCCGUUUCAGCUGGACACAGCAUUAAUGGCUUCGGAGGAAGUAAGCUACAAGGCUUUGGAUCACAUUGGGGGAGACCUAGGCAGCUGCUGCAGAGAACUGAUCACCCGAGUAUUUCGGGACAGGCAGAAGUUGGCGUACAAUGUUGGGCGACUCACUGUUAUUGGACAAAGGACAGAUAAUUGAGUCUGUGCCAUAGCAGAGAUAUUCAGGGGACUUUGAUUCCAGCUAUAUA